AUGAAGUCUUCCGGUGAGCCUACCCGACUGGCCAAAGAGCGUAGAUCGGAGGCUCCAGGAAACGGGUUAAUGCUAGAGGAAGACAAGCAGCAGCAGCCAGUUCUAGGGCCACCAAAGUUUCUUGAAGGAUUAUCUACAGAUACUGUUGGCAAGCCGCUUCCGCCGAGACGGGCUCCUGCAUUCGCUCAAGGUACACAGUAUCCCCCUAAGCUUCCUCAGGAGGGCCUCACAGCAGGCCUACCUUUGAAACCUUCUAUAGAGGGCGGCAAGACAAGGCCAACACCAAAGCCUCUUUCCGAGAGCGGCAACACCGGGUCACCAAAGAAGUCUUGUUCAGAAAACGGCGAGACAGAGCCAUGGCCUAUGCUUCCCUCUGAGGGCCUCAUUACAACAGAGGCUCCCAGUCCUACCUUUGAGGGCUCAAAGAUGGGACGUUCCGAACUUGGGAGUACGGGACCUUCAGCAGUGAAGAGCAGCGUUCCGAAGGCUUCCGGUAGCCCACUGGUAAGGAUAAAAUCAGCGUCUUCAAAAUGGAGCUGUGGAAUAUCUCUGGAAGCAGAUGCAGAGUGCACCACGCUUCUUCCUAAGACCACCGAUGUCCAUGAAGAGGGAACUUUCACAUCAACGCCUUCUGAGUGUCGAAGCGUCACUAAAGAGGUCUUUCACCACCCUUGCGCGAGGAGCCCCCCACCAGCAAAAAUGGAGGCCUCUCCUAGUGGGGAUCUUUGUGCUGCUGCACUGGUGUCUCCAACAGGUGUAGUGGGCUCUUCAGAUCGCGUUCCCAAAGGGGCUCAGGGACUUACAAUGGAAGCUCAAGGUUCACAUCCUCCUGAUGUGAAAAAGCCUGCGCUAGUUGAGCGGGGUCACCGUAUAGCAGCCACUGUAGCCCCAUUGCUGGAUGGAGUAGAAUGCGCAAAAUUCUCAGUGGGUUCCCUCAGAGAAGGGGUGGACGACCCUGAAGGCUUUACUGAGCCUUGUGAUAUUCUCGCCAAAGCGACCCGUAGCAAGGAAGCAGAGGAUAACCUGCCUGAAGCACUUUCACAGAAGAUGAGAAUCGUAGGAGAAGCAGACGCAGGUGCGACAGCAGCGGCAGUCGGGCGGCCAACACCACUAACAGAAGCAACGACGACACUAGAACAGGGCGGCCCCUCAAAGACCCCCAAAUCUGCGCCUCCUGUUUCCACAAGUCGCCUCAUGGGCUCAGCGGCUGUUGCCUUCCAGUCAGGUGUAACAGACACAAAGGCCCUCGUAGCAAGAAGGCAGGCAACUGUUGCCACAGCUGCAUGUGCGCCAGCCCUUGAGUAUGUUGCACGGGAUGAACGCCAAACCCCAGAUACAUCUCAGACUACGAAUACAACGGCACCUUCACACCAAGGAAAACAACAACGCACACAAAAUACACAGACCGCAGACACACCCCCAGACGAGACACUCUCGACCCAAGCGAAGCCCCAGCACACCCUCUAUUCACAUACCCAAACGUCCCCAUCGAUGGUGCCACCACCAAAGCCAGCUGCUGCAUCUGCACCAGUGGACCCUCCACCUAAGGCGGAGCCCUUCAAUUCCUCUCCGCAAAUUCAACCGCCUCCCACUGGCCCUACACCAAAGCCAGCUGCUGCAUCUGCACCAGUGGGCCCUCCACCUAAGGCGGAGCCUUUCAAUUCCUCUCCGCAAAUUCAACCGCCUCCCACUGGCCCUACACCAAAGCCAGCUGCUGCAUCUGCACCAGUGGGCCCUCCGCCUAAGGCGGAGCCUUUCAAUUCCUCUCCGCAAAUUCAACCGCCUCCCACUGGCCCUACACCAAAGCCAGCUGCUGCAUCUGCACCAGUGGGCCCUCCACCUAAGGCGGAGCCUUUCAAUUCCUCUCCGCAAACUCAACGGCCUCCCAAUGACCUUCCACCAAAGCCAGCUGCUGCAUCUCCACCGGUGGGCCCUUCACCAAAGGCCGGGCCUUCCAAGUCCUCUACGGAAAUUCAACGGCCUCCCAAUGACCCUCCAUCAAAGCCAGCUGCUGCAUCUCCACCAGUGGGCACUCCACCUAAGACCGGGCCUUCCACGUCCUCUGCAGCACCAGAGCACCCUCUUACUGGCCCUCCACCAAAUCCAGCUGCUUCGUCUCCACCAGUGGGUCCUCCACCUAAGGCGGGGCCUUCCACGUCCCCUACCGAAGCACAACAGCGGCCCACUGGCCCUCAUCCAAAGCCAGCUGCUUCAUCUCCACCAGUGGGGCCUCCACCUAAGACCGGGCCUUCCAAGUCCUCUACGGAAGCUCAACCGCCGCCCACUGGCCUUACACCAAAGCCAGCUGCUUCAUCUCCACCAGUUGGUCCUCCACCCAAGGCCGGGCCUCCCACAUCCUCUCAGCAAAUUCAACAGCCGCCUACUGGCCCUCCACCAAAGCCAGCUGCUGCAUCUCCACCGGUGGGCCCUCCACCUAAGGCGGGGACUUCCAAGUCCUCUACGGAAGCACAACUGCCGCCCACUGGCCGUCCUCCAAAACCACCUGCUGCAUCUCCACCAGUGGGGCCUCCACCUAAGACCGGGCCUCCCACAACCUCUCAGCAAACUCAACAGCCUCCCACUGGCCCUCCACCUAAAGCCGGGCCUCCCACGUCCUCUACGGAAGCACAACAGCCUCCCACUGGCCCUACACCAACUCCAGCUGCUUCAUCUCCACCAGUGCAGCCUCCACCAAAGGCCGGGCCUUCCAAGUCCCCUGCAGCACCAAAGCAGCCUCCCACUGGCCCUACACCAAAACCGGCUGCUGCAUCUGCACCAGAUGGUCCUCCACCUAAGGCCGGGCCUUCCAAUUCCUCUACGGAAACUCAACCGCCUCCCACUGGCCCUACACCAAAGCCAGCUGCUGCAUCUCCACCGGUGGGCCCUCCACCUAAGACCGGGCCUUCCACGUCCUCUACGGAAACUCAACGGCCUCUCACUGAGCUUCCAGCAAAACCAGCUGCUUCAUCUUCACCGGUGGGGCCUCCACCAAAGGCGGGGACUUCCAAGUCCUCUACGGAAAUUCAACGGCCUCUCAAUGACCUUCCACCAAAGCCAGCUGCUUCAUCUCCACCAGUUGGCCCCCCACCUAAACCCGGGCUUCCCACGUCCUCUACGGAAACACAACAGCCUCCCACUGGCCCUCCACCAAAGCCGGCUGCUGCAUCUCCACCAGUGGGUCCUCCUCCCAAGGGGGGGCUUCCCACGUCCUCUACGGAAACACAACAGCCUUUCGCUGGCCCUACACCAAAGCCAGCUGCUUCAUCUCCGCCAGUGCAGCCUCUACCAAAGGCGGGGACUUCCAAGUCCUCUACGGAAACUCAACCGCCUCCCAAUGACCUUCCACCAAAGCCAGCUGCUUCAUCUUCACCGUUGGACCCUUCACCUAAAGCCGGGACUUCCAAGUCCUCUACGGAAGCACAACUGCCGCCUACUGGUUCUCCGCCAAAGCCAGCUGCUGCAUCUCCACCAGUGGGCCCUCCACCUAAGACCUGGCCUUCCAAGUCCUCUCCGCAAACUCAACAGCCGCCUACUGCCCCUACACCAGAGCCAGCUACUGCACCUCCACCAGUGAAGCCUCCACCCAAGGCCGGGCCUCCCACGACCUUCAUAGAAACACAACAGCCGCCUACUGGCCCUCCAGCAAAGCUAACUGCUUCAUCUUCACCGGUGGGCCCUCCACCUAAACCCGGGACUCCGACAACCUCUCAGCAAACUCAACAGCCACCCACUGGACCUCCACCGAAGCCAGCUGCUGUACCUCCACCACUGGGCCCUCCACCUAAGGCGGGGCCUUCCACGUCCCCUGCAGCACCACAACAGCCGCCUACUGGCCUUCCACCUAAGCCAGCUGCUUCAUCUCCACCAGUGCAGCCUCCACCAAAGGCGGGGACUUCCAAGUCCUCUACGGAAACUCAACCGCCUCCCAUUGGCCUUCCACCAAAGCCAGCUGCUGCAUCUCCACCGGUGGGACCUCCACCCAAGGCCGGGCUUCCCACGUCCUCUCCGCAAACUCAACAGCCUCUCACUGGCCCUCCACUAAUGCCAGCUGCUUCAUCUGCACCAGUGGGCCCUCCACCUAAAGCCGGGCCUUCCAAGUCCCCUGCAGCACCAAAGCAGCCUCCCACUGGCCCUCCACCAAAGCCAGCUGCUGCAUCUCCACCAGUGGGCCCUCCACCUAAGGCGGGGACUUCCAAGUCCUCUACGGAAACUCAACCGCCUCUCACUGGCCCUACACCCAAGCCAUCUCCUCCAUCUCCGCCAGUGCAGCCUCCACCAAAGGCGGAGCCUUCCAAUUUCUCUACGGAAACUCAACAGCUACCCACUGCCCCUACACCAAAGCCAGCUGCCUCAUCUCCACCAGUGGAGCCUCCACCUAAACCCGGGCCUCCCACGUCCUUCAUAGAAACACAACAGCCGCCUACUGGCCCUCCACCAAAGCCAUCACCUUCAUCUCCACCAGUGGGGCCUCCACCUAAGGUGGAGCCUUCCAAUUUCUCUACGGAAACUCAACUGCCGCCUACUGGCCCUACACCAAAUCCAGCUGCUGCAUCUCCACCAGUGGGCCCUCCAUCCAAGGCCGGGCCUUCCAAGACCCCUCCGGAAACACAACUGCCUCCCACUGGCCCUCCACCAAAAGCAUUUGCUGGGUCUCCACCAGUGGGGCCUCCACCGAAGGCCGUGCCUUCCCAGUCCGCACCAGAGCAGCCUGCCACUGGCCCUCCACCAAAGCCAGCUGCUGUACUUCCACCAGUGGGGCCUCCACCUAAACCCGGGCCUCCCACGUCAUCUACGGAAACACAACUGCCUGCCACUGGCCCUCCACCAAAACCAUCUGCUUCGUCUCCACCAGUGGGCCCUCCACCUAAAGCUGGGCCUUCUAAGGGCUCUGCGGAAACUCCACAGCCGCCCACUGGCCCUCCACCAAAGGCAUUUGCUGGGUCUUCACCAAUGGGCCCUCCACCGAAGACCGGGCCUUCCGAUUCCUCUCCAGGAAUACAAAAACCUCCCACUGGCCCUCCACCGAAACCAGCUGCUUUAUCUCCAUCAAUGGGCACUCCACGCAAGGCCGGGCCUCCCAAGUCCUCUGCAGCACAACAGCCUCCCACUGGACCUCCACCAAAGCCUUCUGCUGCAUCCCCACUACCUUUUGCUUCAACUCCACCGGUGGGCACUCCACCCAAGGCCAGGCCUUCGGAGUGCUCUCCGGAAACACAACAGCCGCCCACUGGUCCUCCACCUAAGGCCGGGCCUUCCAAUUCUUAUGCAAAACCACCUCAGCCUCCCACUGGCCCUCCACCAAAGCCAUCUGAUGCAACUGCGCCAGUGGGCCCUCCACCAAAGGCAGGCCUCCGAAGUCCUCCCCGGAGCCACAGCGUUCUCGCAUCCCCCCUGCCAAAGGUAUUCGCUGCAUUUUCAUGA